AAUAACGGGGGAAUCAUUGCGAUAUAUAGUAAAUAAAGUGUUUUUCAAACUAGAGCAAAGCUGAACUCUACUUACUGCAGUGUGAAUUAUAGCACUUGUCCCGCAGGUCUGUAGAAGGUUACAACGGUGUAUUAAGUCUUUUUAUUAUAUUCUCAAUAUUUGAUAUUGACUUUAACUUUUAUUUAUUUUAUGCAAGAUGAGCGCGCGCCCUCAGGAAGAAUCUAUUCAGGAGCAGCCACAGGCUACGUGGACCUCCACUGUGCCCAAGCCAUCUCAGCUUUUCAAAACUUGCUGUGCACCUAGGGAGGGCGCCAUUCCUAUUACCAUUCCUGUUUACAGCCCUGUGUACAAUGGAAAUCAAAUUUUGUCUGGCACACCUGGUGUUAUUCCUCACCAGCAGCAUGUAUUCGCUGCUCCCUAUGUAACUGGCGUUCAGGGUGUUACUGUGACUCAAAAUGAGCCAGUUUACCAAAUUCAGUCGAAGAUGUUCACUGAGCAGCAGCCGGGCACUGUAUCAAAUGAGCCUGUUAAUGUUACUCACUACCUAUGGACUCAGACCAACGACACCCAUGAGCAUGUUCAUCAGGAACCUUUGAAGAGUCAGGGUACUUUUGCUAAGCUGAGGACUCUGUUUAACUGGGAGGAGGACCAGAACGGUGAGCAGCAGGUGGUUACUGGAGAGGAAGGUGCUGAACAGGAGGGUGCAACAGUUCAGAGGACCAAGAGGCAGCCUUUGUGUGGAGUCUUUAACUCCUGCUGCAUGAACCCUGUUGAGUACUCCAACAUUGGUAGUAUCUCUCAGAACAACACUUUGGUCAGGGAGAACAGUGCUGUUUCUGGUUUGACUAAUGCUGGUCAGACUGUUACUUCUUCUAGGAUCGAGUCCAUCCACAGCAACGUUAGCAUUCCUCCUAUUCAGAAGAACGACGCUAUUAGUGGCGUUACCGUCCCCGAGACCAUUGUUUCUCAGCGUGUGUCGCCACAGGAGACCAUUAUCUCUAACCAGGGCAGCAAUGUCUACUUGCAGUCUGAGAACUCUAUUCCUGUAACUUCCUUCAGCCCCAACGCCAGCAUUGUUCACCAGACUUCGAUUCCUGCGCACACUACUACUAACUUCUGCAACUUUGCUAACUAUAUCCCCACCACUGAGUCCUUCAGCACUGUUGUACCAUCAUGCUUUAGCACGUGCUACCCUAGGGUUAUUUCUAACCCGGCUGACUCUAUGGUUACCAUGAGGUCGAUUCCUACUCAGCCAUCUAUUCCUAUGGCUGCCACUGAUGUCAACUGCUUCAACUCUUGUUUCGGCUACAACACCAACCCGUUGACUUCCUACCAGACUCAGGGUACUUUUGGACUUAGGAAUCUCUUUACUAUGAACCCUUACGGCCAGCCUGCUGUGCCUGUGGAUACUCUCUCUAGGCAGCUGUCUAGCGUCAGCUUGCAGCCUUCCAUAAACGAUAACUCGGGGGUUGUACAUACCGCUGCAAGUCAGUUGCUGUCUGCUCCCCCACUUAUUGUUCAGGAACCUACCGUAAGUGAGCGUGUUUACAAGAAAUCUAACAUGAAGCCCAAGACAUUUAAGCUUCACGCUGUUGAGGUCCACCAAUUUGUUCCCAUGCCUCAGAACCCUACAUCUCCGUUCGUCCAGACGGUAUCUGGUAUGAACUACUUGGGUCAGCCUAUUUACAGGCACGGCGUUGGUAUCGAGCACCCCAACGCCUUCUUCAACCCUAACACCACGGGCUACAUUGCCCCUGUGAUGCGGGAUGUGAUUGACGGUGUUGAGAACCCGAAGAUACCACAUAUGUACUCCAUGGACUCCCAGAGGUCACACCAGGUUGUGCGUCUUGAGACUGAGGAGUCUAGGAUUAGCCCUAGGGACCGUGUGGACACUACCGAUAUGGAGCCGGCAGAGAACGUUGAAAACCAAAACCAGGAAAAUGCUGCUAACUAAAAUAUAGCUAUAUAAUUAACUGCUCG